AUUUCAUUGUUUGUGCGCAGCAGAACGCGCAAACUACGGUGCUGAGGAGUAACUAUAUACAAGCACUAACAUGUCAAAACGGAAACGAGGUGACUAUGAGAAGUCAGACAUAUCCAACCCGGAUGAUAGGAGACUGGGAAUUCAAAGCACCCGCCUCGAGCAGAAGAUUGAGCAUGGCUGUCAACUAAUACACCGAGCUCUCAAAACCGCCCGUGGUUUUGAACGUCAGAAGCUAGGACGUCGCCAAAAGACAGCUACAGAGACGAAUGAAACGGCUCAGCUAUCGCGAAUAGAGGAGGAAAUUCAAGCAUUAAAGGGGUUGGAUUUGGGGGUUACUGCGGAACGGCACUUGCUCAAGCAUCUUGCAAAGACAAAACGGAUUGCAGAAUCACCAGCAUUUUCGAGAGUGGCGGCGAGGAAGCCCCUCCCCGAAGGUCCAAAAAACGGACCUGAAGCGAACGUCGUAGCCCGUUUGUUCAAAUCAAACCCUGUGAGAGACGUCUUACCGGGUAUUUUGAGCGGAAUACGGCAAAUAUUAGGCCUUGGUGAUGGAGUACUUGUUGAGAAAAGCAGGACGCGCGAGACCACUCCGCCGAUAACCAAACGGUUGAGCGCAGUGGAGGAGGAAUCGAGAUCUAACCGUCAGCAAGCCAAUGGCCAUGAAAAUGAUUUGGAAAUGGAAGACGCAGAUAUGGAGCAAUAUAAUGCCCGACUGGCAUCUUCUUCAGAGUCGGAAUCAGGAUCGGACGAGGAGGGGGAGCGAGACAACGAUAAUGGUUUCCGUCGUAAUUCGGCAAGAUAUGAACCGUCCCUUUCACCAACCCCUUCUACCGGGUCAUCGGCCUCUAUAUCGAAAACCAAAACCAAACCUUCUAAAUCGAAUAAUAAGAACCCAGAAACAACAUUCCUUCCUUCUCUCACUCUGGGCGGCUACUGGUCAGGAUCUGAAUCCGCCGACGAAGACGCCGCCGCAGCGGGAAUUCAACCGAGGAAAAAUAGGAUGGGCCAACAGGCUAGGAGGAAACUAUGGGAAAAGAAAUUUGGUUCAGGGGCUAACCAUCUUAAAAAUCAACCACCGGAGAAGGAAAAAUCGCGUGAUAGUGGAUGGGAUAUGCGGAAAGGGGCUACAGCUCGUGAUGAGAUGAGAGGGAGGCGUGGGAGGGGAGGGUUUGCAGGGGGCAUGUCUUCUCGAAGGGCCAAAGUCGAUCGGGUUGCGCAAGCCCCGAAUCCGAACUUCGAACAACUUAGGCCUCGCCCAGCCCCAGAUCAGAAGCCUCUGCAUCCUUCCUGGGAGGCUGCUAAGAAAGCCAAGGAGCAGAAGAGCAAUGCUGCUUUCCAGGGUAAGAAGGUCGUAUUCGACUGAAUCCUCUAUGAAAGGCACCGAGAAGCUGCGCUACGCGAAGAGUCUCUUGCAUCAUAAACUGAUUGCAUUGCUUUUGCAUGUGCUCUUAAUCGUUUACCAUUUUUCUACAGAAUGACUACCAAUAUACACCAUAUAACCGAGCAAUUUCGUUUUACAACGUUACUGGAUCUGAUAUUUGAGUUGGUGCCAUGGCCUGCCUUUGUGAUAUUUAUCUCUAGCGUUUCUCAUUUUCCAAUAUCCAGAGCUGCCCCGUACAUAACCUUUGUAGGAAUAGUGGUAUCACAUAUUCCAUAUUCUUCAAAUUUCACACCCAAUCAGUGUUUGCGUGGUCUAGUCCUCCUAUCGCAAACCGUAGCCUAUAGUUUGUAUUGUUACAACAGUAGGAGCGAACUUCACACAUAUCUCAAUCAUAGAUCAAUCGACAAGUAGAAGUGGGAAUGCAGAAGCUGAAACAUAACGUGGAGAUUAUGAUUACAAAGCGGAGUAAUUUGGGCGGGUUGGAUCAAAACUUAAGAACUAUUUUUAAACCUCUUUCUUGC